AGGUUAAGGAGUGGAGAGGUAAGGAGUCGCUGGUGUACCUCUACAAUAUGGGUCCAGGGUCGCAAGGCGGAUCUGGAAAUACGAUUUCAGGACUGACGCCUCGGUCCGACAUGGCUUAUAGGCCACCCUCCAGAUGGGAAAGAGUACCGCAUGCCGUCAGGACGAGGGCCAAGGGGCCAAUAAGCUCUGAGGAGCCGACAAAGGAUGUUCCUAAGCCUAGUGGGGAGAAAGAGGCUGUAGAUGUUCCAGGGGAAGAGGAUGAUGAGGACGACAGGUUGAGAAAAGAAGAGGAUGAGAAGGCCGAGCAAAGGGCCAAAAAGAGAGGCGUCAAACCUGAUACGGAUAAGAGCUCAGAAGUAAAGAAAAAGAAGUAUGUUGUUCGAGUGGCGGAAAGGUUUGACGUGGAGGAGAUAAUGGACAGGAUCCUGGAGGGCCAUAAUCAUCUUAUGAACCUAAAGGAUGUCCUGGCUUCGGCGCCAAGGCUCAGGGAUGAGCUAAAAGCCAACAGGUUUGUAUUGAGGAUGGACCCAACUGCUCUAGCUGGUUCUCUCAAAAACUUCGCUCCUUCAGAUCCAACUAUCGCCAGAUGGUUAACGUACAUCUGGAUGUUUGACUUUGAGUUGGAGCGAAUUCCGAAAAAUAAGAACAGGGCAGAUGGGCUGAGUCGAGUCGACUGGGAUAAGAACAACCAAGGAGUGAUCGAGGAUACUCCACCAGUUGACGGGUUCCUGGACAGUGAGGAGGAUGUGAGACUUCACAUCAACUCCUGGUCAUUGGCCGUGGGUAACUAUGUUACCCCAGGGCGACCUGUGUGGCUUGCGCCUCCAGGGCAGGUACAACGACCAGACCUAGUUCUUAAGCCCUAUAUUGAAGAAGACUAUUGGGGAAUGCCAGGUGUGGAUUGGAUGAUGGAGCUGGCUUUAGCAGGCAAGUACCAGCUACAUGAGGACUUGCUCACAAUGGAGGAUGGGGCGCUGCAGGUGGGCAAGCACGAGAAAGUGAUAGAUGAGGUGUAUCUGUUGGCAAAUGCUCUGCUUCAGGAAGAGGUGGUCAGGAAUACGGUGCAAGAUCAGGAAGAGAGGGAUAAUGUGAUCCACGAGAGGGAAAAUGAUGAUUUUGAGGAAGGUGAGAUUAAGGAAGCGUUUCGGGCAGAGAAAUAUGAGGGAUUAUACCUUGAACUCGGAAUGCUUCUGUCGUGUGAGAUGAGGGAAAGGGACGCUUGCGCGAUAGUUCUGAAGAUGAGGCCAAACUUUCUAGUAAGGGAUGGUCAUCUGUUCAUGAGAAGCAAAGGGAGGACUCCCAGAAGAGUAGUCUGCGGCGUCACUCGCCAUAUUGACGUUAUGGCAGCACUGCACGAUGGUACGACAGGUGGCCACAGAAGCACGGAUACGACAUAUCUCAAGAUACACGAACUGUACUAUUGGGAUGGCAUGGGCCAGAUGAUCGACGAUUAUUUAGUGGAUUGGACAGAGGUCCAAGGGUUUGAGAUCAGGGAACAACCUGCAGAAGAAGCCUUCAAAUGUCAGAAGGAAGAAGAGAAGGCAGACCAGCAGGAGGGCGAGGAGAUUCCCUUGAUAGACAAAGAGAUGUUGGAGCCGCGAGGGGCACUAGCUGAGACUCGGAAAGACUCAAAGGUCGGAGGGUUUGAGUGGAGGAUGCCGGCUGGCCUCACACUUGGACAGGAGUUUGCGAUGCCAAAAGGGAGGCCACCAGCUGAGGCCAUAGGAGUUGAAGUGGUUCCGCCUACAGCUCAGGGAGAGACCAUGAGACCGCCGGAGGGUCAGGAGAGCGUGGGGCAGACCAUGGUUGAGGUUGAGUCAAGGAGGGACUUGAAGGGAUGUCAGGAAUCGGCUAUACCUCAAGAUAUGCCUCUGGUUGCAGGUCUGCGGGACGCAUUAGGAUCUUGGGCCACUUGUUCAGGGUCAGGGGGACGUGGCGACGAGCAGGUGAUGCGAGCAGAUGACAGAGCGACCUGCCCCACUUUCCCAGAGGCUCCACAGCAGGAGGUCACCAGUAAGGUUUCGGAAGUCCCGUCAUCAGUACCCUCGCAGGAAGGAGGCAAGAUGUCCCAGAAGAAGGUUGGCAAAUGUUUCUACUGUAAGAAGGGCAAACACCGGUUUGACGAUUGCCCCAAGAGCCUCAAGGACGAGGCAAAUGGUUUGGCCGUUAGAGAGUCAUCUUGAGUGUGGAGAGAUAAGAAUGGAGUCCUGGUUCCUAAGACUCGU